CUUGUCCCUCUCCAAUGGAAGGAAUCAAAGGAGGAGGAAGAGUUGGUGUUGGUGUUUACGCUAAUGACGAUGACAUGGCUGACGGUAUGCAGUUUUGCAGUAACCAUCGAAACAACAACAACGGAAUCUGUGCUUUUUGCCUACAAGAAAAGCUUGGCAAGCUUGUUUCCUCUUCGUUUCCUUUACCUCUCCGUGCCUCGCCGUCAUCAUCUUCCUCUUCUCAUUCUUUUAGAUCCGAUACUACUUCUAAUGUUGUCGUCGAUGAUGGUAAAGAACAUCAUACAAGGCGGGCCAGAAUGCCUUUCGUUUUAGCGAAGAAGAAGAAUGAUCAUGAUCGUGGACGUGAUGGUGUUAUGUUGAAGAGAAGCAAAUCGACUGCAAUUCCCAGGGGAAGCAAGAAUGGUUUCUGGUCUUUUCUUUACCUUUCUUCGAAAAAACAAGACUGUGAAGUUAGUUCUAUUCCAGCACCGGCAGUAGUAGCAGCCGCUGGCGGUGGUUCUGACGACGGUAAUCGUAAGGUUUCAAGGUCUAGAUCCGUCGGAUGCGGAAGCCGGAGCUUCUCCGGUGAUUUCUUCGAAAGGAUCUCGACUGGUUUCGGAGAUUGUGCACUGAGAAGAGUUGAAUCACAAAGGGAAGGCAAACCGAAAGUUAGUUCUUCAUGUUCAUCAUCAUCGAUGAAAGAAAGAGUCAAAUGCGGAGGGAUUUUCGGUGGGUUCAUGAUAUUAACAUCAUCUUCUUCAUCGUCAUCAUCAUCAUCGUACUGGGUUUCGUCUGCAACUGAAGAUCACAUCAAUGGUAAACCAACAAACAGCGGCCAUGGUGGCCGGAGCAAGAGCUGGGGUUGGGCUUUCGCUAGUCCCAUGAGAGCUUUCACUAAACCUCCUUCUUCCAACAAAAACAACAACACAACUCCAAAUCUGUCUGCAAUCCCUUCAUUGUUAGCCAUUACAAACUAAAAAUUUCGAUUUAUUCAAACUCGUGGGCCAGUGUCACGUAUCGAACACAUUACAAAUUAUUUUU